AUGGGUGCCUUAGAAAAGAACGCCGAUGUGCGUCCUGACACGGAGGCCGAUGCCAAGUAUGGAUACUCUGCGAGUAUCGCAGAAGGCAUUGAUGAGAAGGCCUUGUUGCGCAAACUCGACUAUCGCCUCUUGCCUCCCUUGACUAUCCUAUAUUUGCUGUCGUUUUUGGAUAGAUCGAAUGUGGGCAACGCUCGUCUAGAAGGGAUGACAGAGGAUAUUAACAUGUGGGUGGCCAACGCAGCAGGAAAUCAGUAUCUCACCGGUUUGACUCUGUACUUCAUUGGCUAUGUCCUUUUUGAGAUCCCCUGCAACGUUAUCCUGAAGAGAACCACCCCCAGAAUCUGGCUUCCAACCCUCACCUUGGUCUGGGGAAUCGUCGCCACACUCCUGGGAGUUGUACAGAAUUAUUCUGGAUAUCUGUCAUCUCGAUUUUUCCUCGGUGUGGCAGAGAGUGGACUCUUCCCCGGCGUGGUGUUUUACUUGUCCAUGUGGUACAAGCGCAAUGAGCAGCAUUAUCGCGUGGCCCUGUUUUUCAGUGCCGCUUCGCUGGCUGGUGCCUUCGGUGGUGUUCUUGCAUGGGGAAUCUCGCACAUGAGAGGUGUAGGUGGCUUGAAUGGCUGGAGAUGGAUCUUCAUUCUGGAAGGACUGUUGACCGUCCUCGUCUCCAUUAUCGCGUACUUCUGGGUGUACAACUACCCGACAACGGCGGAGUUCCUUUCCAAGGAAGAGCGGGAGUUCAUCCAAAUGCGCCUCAAGAACAACAGCGAUGCUAUGCGAGAUGAGGAAUUCACCUGGUCAGCAGUACUGGACGCAUUCAAAGAUCCGAAAGUUUGGUUGUAUGGACUUGGAUUCCACACAAUGUCCUUGCCAUUGUAUACUCUAUCGCUCUUCCUUCCGACUAUCAUCAAAGAGCUUGGAUACUCGGCCGCAAAGGCGCAGUUGCUUUCUGUACCACCGUACGCAGUGGCCUUUAUUUUGACCCUUGGCGUGGCGAUUGCUUCGGAGAAAACCCGCCGUCGUGCACCAUUUAUCAUGGGAUCCUCUGCGCUUGGAUGUAUCGGAUACAUUCUUCUCCUCACACAGGAUCGUGCUGGUGUAUCUUAUGUCGGAACCAUCUUCGCUGCGGCAGGUAUAUAUCCUGCUGUAGCGAUUGUGUUGUCCUGGCCCGCCAACAAUGUCUCUGGCCAGACCAAACGGUGCAUUGCCAACGCGAUGCAGAUCUCCAUUGGCAAUUUGGGUGCCGUUCUUGGAACACAGCUAUAUCGCACUGAAAGCAGUCCGCGAUUCUUCCUUGGCCAUGGGUUUGCCUUGGGAUAUCUGGUUGCGAACAUCGUGGUUGUUAGCAUUCUGUGGCUGGUGUUGCGCCGGGAAAACGCUAAAAAGGAAGUUGAAAGAGAAGCGCAGAGACUUCGGUUGGGAGAAGUGGGCGAUAUCGGAGACUUCCUGGGAGACAAGGACCCUCGAUGGGUAUUUCAGACUUAG